UGGUUUUCGCGGUUUGUUUAAUGCAGUUUCCAUCUGACUGUCUUGAGUUUUGCCAACCGUAGUCUUGGCGUAGUGAUAAUAGUCUAAUACAGGAUCAAAAGUUCGUACAAUUAUGGAUAGCAAAAGGAUUUUUUUGGUUGCUUUGUUGAUGGUCGUUCCAUUAUACGGUGGGGCUGAUAUAUGUCAAAGCUGCAUAGGAGAGAGUUGUUUUAGUCAAGAUACAGAGUAUACUCUGUGCAAUACAGAGAACUCUGAUAUUUUUGGCAGGAAAUCAGAAGAUAGUAUUGUUGGUGCUGCUCCGAAUUUUGGAUGUUUGAAUUUGGAGUAUAUUGAUGGUAAUACUGUCAAAUAUACAAAGCAAUGUGUCCUGGUGGAUGACAGUAAUAAUUUCUGCCAAAGAUUGAAGACAAGUGUCAAUGUUGUGAGCUGCGAUGUACAAUCUCCAAUAAAAAGUAUAUCAAAAAGAGAUACAAAUGAGCAAGAUUCAGAGACUGGGUCAUCUACUAAUGAUGAUGCCUCACCAAGUACCACUGUUGCAAGCACGAGUACAGUACCUAGUAGUUCUCCAACUGCUAGCCAAUCUACUACUUCCAUCUCUGCCAGCACUACAUCUUCUAGUUCAACCAGCCAAUCUACUUCUUCUGGUUCUACUAGCACUGGAUCAAGUGGUUCUACUGUAACUCCUACAGAUACUACUACUAGUUCUGGGUCUACUUCUACUAAUUCUCCAAGUAGUACAAGCACAAUUUCUUCUUCAUCCACAUCGUCUAGUACUUCUGUUGUAACAGAAUCUUCAACUACAGUUUCUACUACUACAAGUACUCCAUCUACAACUACUACUAGUCCUCCUCCGCCUACUACUACUCCUGAAUUAACUACCACUUCUUCACCAGGAACUUCCAGCACUACUGAAGGUAGCAGUGCAGUGUAUACAUCUGUCUCUAUCUCACUACUGCUAUCGAUAAUUCUGUUUAAUUUCUUUGUUUAAAGCCAUUUUCUAUUUGUCCUGUUAAUUAUACAAACAUUUGUAUAAAAUUAAGUGAUAUUUUACGCCUUCCUGAUGAUGUAAAAAA